AUGGCAUUGGUAAGGCGUUCUUUCAGGUGCAACAAGCUCUUGGCCACAGAUUCCUGGUCACUCAUACUUAUUCUCUUUUCUGUACAAUAUGCAUAUGGGGGUGGAAAGAAGUUUAUCGGUCUCUGUGGAGGAAGAGAUUGCUCUCUUUGCCAGUGCUUUCCUGAAAAGGGAUCUCAGGGUCAACCGGGACCACCAGGGCCACAGGGUCCUAUUGGACCCCUGGGACCCCCAGGACCCAUUGGGAUCCCAGGAGAGAAAGGGAUGAAAGGUGACAGUGGCCGUCCUGGAGCAGCAGGUGACAAAGGUGACAAGGGUCCAACUGGAGUUCCUGGAUUUCCAGGUCUGGAUGGGAUACCUGGACACCCAGGGCCUCCUGGAUCCCGAGGCAGACCGGGCAUAGAUGGCUACAAUGGCUCAAGAGGUGAUCCAGGGAUGCCAGGAGAAAGAGGAGCUCUUGGCCCACGAGGCCCCCCAGGCCUUCCUGGAGAAAAAGGAGAAAAAGGAAAUUCAAUGUUCAUUUUAGGUGCCACUAAAGGUAUGCAGGGCGACAGAGGGGACCCAGGACCUCCCGGCUCACCAGGAUCAAGGGGAGUGAGAGGCCCAGCAGGCCCAGUGGGGUAUCCGGGAGAACCUGGGUUAGCAGGACCUCCAGGCCCCGCUGGGAGUCCAGGCUUGAAGGGUGAUCCUGGCUUGGGAGUAAAGGGACAGAUGGGAGACCCGGGUGAGGUUGGCCAGCAAGGUUCUCCGGGACCCACUCUGUUGGUGCAGCCACCAGAUUCUGGUCUCUAUAAAGGAGAAAAGGGUAUUAAAGGAAUGCCUGGAAUGACUGGAACUCCCGGACCACCAGGACCCAAGGGAGAACCUGGUAUUGGGAGAAAAGGAGAGAAAGGGAUUCCUGGGUUUCCAGGACCUCGGGGGGACCCUGGUUCCUAUGGAUCUCCAGGUUUUCCAGGAUUAAAGGGGAAACCAGGACUAUUUGGAGAUCCUGGGUCAUUUGGAUUUCUUGGCCCAAAGGGAGAUCCUGGAGACCGUGGGCACCCAGGACCACCAGGGGUUUUGGUAACUCCAUCUCUUCCACUCAAAGGCCCUCCAGGGGAUCCAGGGCGCCCCGGCCGCUAUGGAGAAACAGGGGCUGUUGGACCACGUGGUCCUCCUGGUGCCCCAGGAAGACCAGGGGAAGCCUGUGCAGGCAUGACAGGACCUCCUGGGCCACGAGGGUUUCCUGGUUACCCAGGAUUUCCAGGGGCAGCUGGUGUUCCUGGAAGAGCUGAUUCUGCUCCAGGAAAACCAGGCAACCAGGGACCAACUGGGCUGCCUGGAGUGCCAGGACUGCCGGGACCUCCAGGAUCAGAUGUUGUAUAUUGUACUCUGGGGCAACCUGGACCACAAGGAAUAAAAGGCAAAGUGGGUCCUCCAGGAAGACGAGGCUUCAAAGGAGAAAAAGGCAACUCAGGGCUCUGUGCCUGCCAGCCUGGUCCCAUGGGCCCACCAGGCCCUCCAGGGCCUCCUGGGAGGCAAGGAAGUAAGGGAGACUUGGGGCUCCCUGGGUGGCUUGGAGAAAAAGGUUCCCCAGGCCCUCCUGGUGCCAAAGGAUCUCCAGGGCCACCGGGAAAACCUGGUGCCUCAGGACUGCCUGGAAGCAAAGGAGAAAAAGGUGACAUGGUUGUAUCAAGAGUGAAAGGACACAAAGGAGAAAGAGGGCCUGAUGGGCCCCCUGGACUUCCAGGGCAGCAGGGACAACACGGUCGAGAUGGAUAUGCUGGAGAAAAGGGGGAUACAGGGCCGCCUGGUGAUCACGAAGAUGCAGCCCCAGGUGAUAAAGGGCCUCCUGGACCGCCGGGCCCCCCUGGCAGAGCAGGACCUAGGGGGCCCCCAGGCCUGGGAUUUCCUGGCUCUCCAGGAGAGAGAGGGCAACCAGGAGCUCCAGGCUACCCAGGCAACAGGGGUCCUGAUGGUCGGAAGGGUCAGAAAGGUGACACAAUUCCUUGUAACGUAACAUACCCUGGGAGGCCAGGCCCUCCAGGUUUUGAUGGUCCUCCAGGUCCAAAGGGACUUCCAGGUCAUCGGGGUGCUUCUGGGCUGAGGUGUUUGGAUGGGCAAAAGGGUCAACGUGGCAAACCAGGACUCUCAGAAAGACCUGGACCAUCUGGUUUCCGUGGUGAUACAGGAGAACCAGGUUUGGGAGGUGAAAAGGGGUCCUCCCCUCUUGGGCCCCCAGGCGCUCCAGGUUCACCUGGAGUGAAUGGUCAGAAAGGACCCCCAGGAGAUCCUGCUAUCGGCUACCCAGGACUCCCGGGAAAGAGUGGUCUUCCAGGAGCACCAGGGUCCAAAGGACUCAGAGGCGAUGUCGGGCAUCCAGGGACCACAGGGCCAGCUGGCAUGCCCGGAUUUCCAGGUCUCCAAGGUCCCAAAGGCCGAGAGGGAAAUGCUGGGUUUCCAGGGAUCCCAGGCCCACCUGGUCACUCCUGUGAAAGAGGUGCUCCAGGGAUCCCAGGGCAACCAGGGCUCCCCGGGGCUCCAGGCAGUCCAGGUGCCCCAGGAUGGAAAGGACAGCGAGGGGACAUGGGGCCUCUGGGACCUGCUGGAAUGAAGGGCCUCCCUGGAGUCCCGGGAUGGCCAGGCGCAGAUGGAACCCCAGGUCUUCCAGGGCUCCCAGGCCCCACUGGAGAUGAUGGGCUACCUGGUCUUCCAGGUCCAAAGGGACCCCAGGGGCUGCCUGGCUUCCUGGGAUUUCCGGGAGAGAGAGGAAAACCUGGUCAGGAUGGACACCCUGGCAGAAAGGGAGAACAUGGAGAGAAGGGUUGGCCUGGCUUCCCGGGAGACCGAGGACUGAAAGGUGGCAAAGGAGCAAGAGGACCCCCGGGAUAUGAAGGAGAAAUGGAUAUUAUUUCCAAGAAGGGGGAAACUGGAGAACCUGGACCUUCUGGGGAUGGUGGAUUCCCCGGAGAAAAUGGUGAUAAAGGUCAUCCUGGGAUGCAAGGAAGGAGAGGAGAGCCAGGAAGCUAUGGACCACCUGGAUUUUACCCUGGGGAGCCCGGGAGAAAUGGGCAACCAGGGCUGCCUGGACCCCCAGGCCCUCCAGGCUCACCUGGGCUGAGAGGGGUCGUUGGCUUUCCAGGAUUUUCGGGUGACCAGGGUGAGCCAGGUUCUCCAGGGUGCCCGGGACCUUCAGGAAUUGAUGGUACAAGAGGACCUAAAGGGUACAAAGGGGAAUCUGCAAGUCAGUUUGGCCUACCUGGUCCAAAGGGUGAGCCAGGUAGCCCCGGAUAUCCAGGGCGUUUGGGAGCAUCUGGAGAGCAGGGCUUGCCUGGUGCUCAAGGUCCUGGAGGACCACCCGGAAGGCCAGGACCUCCUGGCUUCUCUGGAACAACAGGAUGUCCAGGUAAUCCAGGGGGGCCUGGGCUGCAGGGACCUCCAGGAGAAGUGGGGGAUCCUGGACCAAGAGGCAUCCUGGGGGACCCAGGGGCACCAGGUCUUCCAGGAAUAAAAGGUCCCUCGGGGUCACCCGGCCUGAACGGCUUGCAUGGUUUGAGGGGUCCGAAAGGCAGCAAAGGCACUUCAGGUUCGCAUGAAAUGGGCCCCCAGGGUCCAGUGGGAAUGCCCGGCCCUAAAGGGGAGACAGGAGACCCCGGGAACCCAGGAAUUUCUCCUCUGGGACUUUCUGGAGAAAGAGGUCCGCCAGGUCCCCCAGGACCCCCAGGGAGAGCUGGACUGCCUGGUCCCCCAGGUGCCCCAGGAAAAGCUCUUAAGGGUGACAUUCCAGACCCAGGUCUGCCUGGAGAUCAGGGACCUCCUGGCCCCGAUGGUCUAAGAGGAAUACCCGGGCCUCCAGGGCCACCUGGGAGUGUUGACCUUCUGAAAGGGGAGCCAGGAGACUGUGGUCUGCCGGGGCCUCCAGGUCUCCCGGGCCCACCAGGCCCUCCCGGACACAAAGGCUUCCCAGGAUGUGAUGGAAAACAUGGCCAGAAAGGACCAAUGGGAUUCCCGGGGCCACAGGGGCCACCUGGAAGUCCUGGGCCACCUGGAGACAAAGGUUUUCCUGGAGCUCCAGGCAGACGAGGGCCUUUGGGUCCCCCGGGUGAGCCUGGGCCCCCAGCAGACUUGGAUGCCUGCCCCCGAAUCCCAGGGCUUCCUGGGAUACCAGGCCCUAGAGGACCGGAAGGAGCCAUGGGGAUUCCUGGCAUGAGAGGCCCACCAGGACCAGGGUGCAAAGGAGAGCCCGGGCUGGAUGGCAGGAGGGGUGAGGAUGGCCUCCCAGGGUCCCCUGGGCCUCCGGGUCAUAAAGGUGACAUGGGAGAAGCAGGCUGUCCAGGAGCACCAGGCCCUCCUGGGCCCGUGGGGGAUCCUGGGCCCAUAGGGUUUGGCCCUGGAUACCUCAGUGGCUUCCUCCUGGUUCUCCACAGUCAGACCGAUGGAGAACCCACCUGCCCCACGGGCAUGCCCAGGCUCUGGACUGGGUAUAGUCUGCUAUACCUGGAAGGACAGGAGAAAGCUCACAAUCAAGACCUAGGUCUGGCGGGCUCCUGCCUCCCCAUCUUUAGCACGCUGCCCUUCGCCUACUGCAACAUCCACCAGGUGUGCCACUAUGCCCGGAGGAACGACAGGUCCUACUGGCUGGCGAGCACCGCGCCUCUGCCCAUGAAGCCGCUCUCGGAGGACGAGAUCCGCCCGUACAUCAGCCGCUGCGCCGUGUGCGAGGCCCCCGCCCAGGCCGUGGCGGUGCACAGCCAAGACCAGUCCAUCCCCCCGUGCCCGCGGGCCUGGAGGAGCCUCUGGAUCGGGUACUCCUUCCUCAUGCACACAGGCGCUGGGGACCAAGGAGGCGGGCAGGCCCUCAUGUCCCCAGGCAGCUGCCUAGAGGAUUUCAGAGCUGCACCAUUCCUGGAAUGCCAAGGCCGGCAGGGAACUUGCCACUUUUUUGCCAACAAGUAUAGUUUCUGGCUGACAACGGUGAGACCUGACUUGCAGUUUUCCUCUGCACCAUUACCGGACACCUUGAAAGAAAGCCAUGCUCAACGCCAGAAAAUCAGCAGGUGCCAGGUCUGUGUGAAGCAUAGCUAA